AAGAGGAAGUGAGCAGGAGGGGAGGAGCAGAUAAGGGUGACUCCAAACUUGAGGGUUGACUUUUGAGCUCAGAAAGAGCCGCAGAGAGGAAAGAAGAGAAAAUGCAGGGGCGGAUCGUCCCCCUCCCUAGACUGCAAUUCAACUGCUACAAAAUAAGAUGAAUGGGUAUUCCGGCCAGCGGAAAGCAAGAAAGCUUUGUUAAACGAACGGUCAUUUGGUGUAUUCACCUUUGUGAGUUAAAAUCCCGGACAGUCGGUGGUGGGGAAGAGAAAGAACAAAAAAAAUGAAUGAUGAAGUUCCAGAUGACUCACCGCCAUGCCCCGUGCAGAGAACGACUCCAGAAGACGGGAGAAAACUGAGUCACUUUAAGACAUACAAGCGGAGGUGGUUCUUACUCCUGGUGAUCUGCCUGCUAAACUGCUCUAAUGCUAUGUUAUGGCUGACUUUUGCUCCAGUGGCCAGUACAAUCGCCGAUUACUUCCAUCUUUCCAUCAAUCAGAUUAAUUGGCUCUCACUUGUGUACCUUGUAAUGUCAAUCCCCUUUGGAAUGGGGGCAACGUGGAUUCUCGAUUCGAUGGGAUUAAGAUGUUCCAUCCUUCUGAGUGCUUGGUUCAACCUAAUUGGAAGCAUUAUUCGUACAUUUCCUUGUAUCCAAUUUCCAGAUCUGGGAAGGUAUAACUUCACUUUUCUCUUCAUUGGCCAAAGUUUCUGUGCCAUGGCCCAGACGCUUGUGAUAUUCUCUCCAACUAAGCUAGCGGCCCUGUGGUUUCCAGAACAUCAGAGGGCUACGGCAAACAUGAUUUCUUCCAUGUCAAAUCCCUUGGGCGUUCUUAUAGCCAAUGUGUUGUCACCUGCACUCGUGAAAAGAGGAGAAGAUAUUCCAUUAAUGCUCGGAAUCUACACCAUUCCCGCCGCGGUUGCUUGCACGUUAGCCACUGUAGGCAUUUGGGAAAAGGCUCCUCCUACUCCUCCAUCAGCAAGUGCAAUCACUUCUACUUCUGAGCCUUUUCUUACUGGCUUAAAAAUGCUUGUGAAGAAUAAGGCUUACAUGAUCCUGGCCCUGUGUCUUGGGGGAGGCAUUGGUAUUUUCACCUGCUUCUCAGCUCUACUGGAACAGAUUUUUUGUGUAAAGGGAUAUUCAAUUGACUUUGCAGGCCUGUGUGGUGCCUUAUUCAUUGUAUUCGGGAUAAUUGGCGCUCUUCUUCUUGGGCUGUAUGUUGACAGGACCAAACAGUUCACGGAGGCCACAAAAGUCUGUUUCAGUUUGGCUGCCCUAGCCAGUAUUGUGUUUGCAAUGGUGUCUCAGUUAAGAAAUCAGACAGUUUGGCUGGCGGUAAUCUGCUCACUGUUUGGACUAUUUGGAUUUUCGACUUACCCCAUUUCUUUGGAAUUGGCCGUCGAGUGUUCCUAUCCAGUAGGGGAAGGGACAUCCACGGGCCUGGUCUUUGUUUUGGGGCAGGUUGAAGGGAUGAUCUUCAUGCUUCUGUUGCAAGCACUCGCGGUUCAACAUCCUGACGUUCCAUUUUCCACAUGUAAAACCAAAGAGGCGUCGUUAGAUUGGUCCACAUCUUUACUAGUGAUGGCAGGAUUAUGCAGCAUCUGCAGCAUCUGUUUUGUUCUCUUUUUUCACACCGACUACAAGCGGAUCCACGCUGAAGCAAUUAGUGCCAAUUCCAUCCAGAGAGUGGAGGGAGAGGAUGCAGAAACUCAUUGAUUCUGCCCCCACCUUUCUGUGCCCGUCACCCCACUUAGCAAAAACCUCUACUGGAAGCUCCAUCCAUCUCCCGGAACACACGGGCACUCAAUCAGCUUCCUCGCUCCGCUACAACCAUUACAACCCAGCCCUCACACUUGUAUCCUCUAACAUCAGCCUACUCACCGUGCCGGUAACAACCCCUUACUAACACCCUCCCUCCUGUCUGGAACUCCCUCCUCCUUCAUAUCUGGGAGACCACCACUUUACCCCUUGUUAAAGCCUUAUUUAAAUCCCAUCUCCCCCAAGAGACCUUCCCUGAUUAACCCAUUUCCCCACCCUACUGUGUCACUUAUACACUUGGAUCUGUUCUCCUUUAAGCACUUUCAUAUUCACCCCAGCCCCAUACCCCACAUCCGUAUAUUCAGUUUCUUCCUCCCAACUGUAAUUUAUUUUUUGUAUCUGUCUCCCCCACUUAGGUUGUAAGCUCCUUGAGGGCAGAAAUC